GCAUCCCGUUAUCUGGGCGGAGAGAGAGAGAGAGACUUACCCACACACUGCCUCUGUUCUCAGCCUCAGCUCCAUGAGCAGGAACCGGCCGGACAGUGACGAGAGCAGAGGAGGACACCUCGGAACAAAGCGGGAUUAUUAACACAUCUCCCACACUCACACGCUGGAGAGCAGGACAACACUUCGCCGUUUUAUCGGACUCUUGCUGCUUCCUGGUCCUGUUGCGCUCCGGGGGCUCAGGCUGUGGCUGCAGAACAGGAUCUCCUCCCUUUGUGUUGCUCUGCGGUUGUUUACUCACACUCCUCCACUCCACAACUUCUGCCUCCUCCUCCGUUCCUCCUCCAGGAGGUUUCAUUUCUUCUUUUCUUGUGUCGGCCUAAACGGAAUGAAUGACAAAAACAAAGGAGGUUGAUGUCCAUAACGCCGCGACUCACCUCUCCUUCGCCUCGCCCAAGGAACGGAGACUCCAUCUCCGGCAGAAGAUGGAAAGCGGAGGCGGGACGGAGGGCUGCGACAGCGGGCACUCGCAGCACGCGGUGCCGGGGCAGCAGCAGCAGAAUCCCCGGGGGGAGAACGCGGAGCUCCCUGCGGUGCUGUCCGCUCAGCCUUCCGGCGAGAAGAAGAAGAAGAUAAACCGGGCUCCGUCGCCGGCCAGACCGAAGGAUGUACCCGGGUGGUCGCUCACGAAGAUCCGCGGCGGUAUUGGGACGCCGACCCUGAGCGUCAAGCCCGGAGCGAUCCACCUGGGGAGCCGCAUUUCCAGGCGCAGCCCCGUGGGGAGUCUCGCGGGGAAGGACGGCAGAGCGGAGAAGAGCGGUGGCGGCAAAACGGCCGGAAAAUCCUCCGCCGCGUUGUCCAAGAGCUCGGCGUCCAAGGCGGCCAAAAGCACCGGGGGGAGGAGGAAGGUGUCGGACGCCAGCAUAGGAUCGGACGAUUUAUCCAAGGACUCCGGCUGCGCCCCGGGGAAGCUCUCCCCGACCGACAGCAGCUCCGAGCUCUCGGACUGCGCCUCCGAGGAAAACAAGCUCUCAGCGGACGCUGGGAGCAGCGACGCCGAGUCGAGGAGCAGCCGAGGCGGCGGGCCGGAGGGAGAGAGGCCGCUACGGAAUGGCGCGUUGUCGGAUAGAGGUGGACAACAUGCCGCCGCCAAUAAGACCACCUGCUCAGCCGGGGAGAGAUACGACAAGGACCGGCUCUCUCUUGGCGUGGAGACCGGGGAAGGGAGCAUAUCCCCCGGCGAGGAGCGCUCGGUCACCUCGUAUGACAGCAGGGUGCCAGCGAGCACAUCCCUGGCUUUCUCCGACCUGACAGAGGAGUUCAUGGACGGCAUGCAGGAGGAGUUUGUGAGGGAGAUAGAAGAGCUGAGGUCGGAGAACGAUUACCUCAAAGAUGAGAUGGAGGAGUUGAGGUCCGAGAUGCUGGAGAUGAGGGACAUGUACAUGGAAGACGAUGUCUACCAGCUGCAGGAUCUACGUCAACAGCUGGAGCAGGCAAAUAAGACCUGCCGCAUCCUGCAGUACCGGCUCAGGAAAGCAGAGCGGCGCUCUCUCCGCGUGGCCCAAACAGGGCAAGUGGAUGGAGAACUGAUACGGACACUGGAACAAGAUGUCAAAGUGGCCAAGGACGUGUCUAUCCGUCUCCACAGUCAGUUGGACAGCGGGGAGAAGAAGAGGAGUCGUCUGGAGAAGGAGAACGAGGAGCUGAGGGUCCGACUGCAGGACCUGGAGGUCGCCAAACAGGUCCUGCAGCAGGAGAUAGACAAGAACUCCCAGAAGAAAAGAGGAGCACGACCCAACAACAAACCUGACAAGAAGCUCGGUCCACAGGAGGACAGUUCAGACCUGAAGUGUCAGCUCCACUUUGCCAAAGAGGAAUCAGCCCUGAUGUGCAAGAAGCUGACCAAGCUGGUGAAGGACAGCGACGCCAUGAAGGAGGAGCUGGCAAAGUACCGGUCGCUGUACGGAGACGUGGACGCCUCGCUCACCGUGGAAGAGGUUGCUGACUCCCCCCACACCCGUGAGGCAGAGGUCCGAGUCCACCUGAAGCUAGUGGAGGAGGAGGCCAACCUGCUGAGUCGACGCAUCGUGGAGCUGGAGGUGGAGAACCGGGGGCUCCGAGCAGAGAUGGACGACAUGAAGGGGCCACAAGAUGGACAUCAAGACCUCUCUGGUGUCAGCUGUGGUCUAGGUAUGGGUCUUGGUCUCUCUGGCGGAACCAUGAUGCUCGGAGACGGGGCUGCUUCUGAAAACGUCAUGGAGCUCCAGAGACACCUCCAGUUCGUGGAGGAGGAGGCGGAGCUGCUGAGGAGGUCUCUGAUCGAGAUGGAGGAACAGAACAAGCUCCUGAUGAACGAGAUCAACCGCUACAAAUCCGAACUACCGCCGCUGAUGUCCACGCUGUCAUCCAAUUCGCUGACGUCGCUGGCGGACGGGCUGCUCAACGACAGCCCGGUGCACACCAUACAGGAAGGGGCGGUGUUCAUCAGCACGGACGCCCCUGUCCAGGAGGAGGAGAUCAGACUGGCGAGGCUUCAGAUCGGAGAGCUGAGCGGGAAGGUGAAGAAGCUACAGUACGAAAACCGAGUGCUUCUGUCCAACCUGCAGCGUUGUGAUCUGGCCUCCUACAACGCUCCUUCCUCCUCAUCCUCCUCUUCGUUACGACUGGCUCUGGAGACUGACGCGGAGGCUGGAGACUCAGCUGAGUGCCUCCCCAUCAGCCCGCCCCACCGCAAAGAGCCAGUAGGGGGCGAGAAUGACGCCCUUGAGCUCAAGGAGCGGAAAAAGAAGUUCGAGGACAGCGCUGACGCAACGGCCUCGCUUCCCAGGUGCCUGGGGCAGAAGGACCACGAUGCUUUGCUGGCCAUGAGGGACCAGGCUCGCUUGGUUUCCACGGCGAUACAGCUCCUGACCUCUCCCGAGUCCAACUGCCUCUCCUCCUCGCCAUCCAUCUACCACAAGGUCUGCAGCAACGAGGCAGCGGAGCCGUGCGACCUAGAGAAACCUCAGCCUCACAGUCAGAUUUCUGAGCUGUCUGACCUGGCGGACCGGCCUCUGGUUGGCGCUCUGACCAGCAGGCUCCAGGCUCUGCACAACCAGCUACAAGCCUUUGUGGAGCGGGUUGACAGCCUGGGUAAACCCUCAGCAGGUGGGCGGGACCCUCAGGUGGAAGGAGCCUCUCCCCUGGCCUCCCACGUUUGCUCUAGAGAUGACCUGGAUAGAAUUAAUACUCCUGAGGAGAAGCAGCCUGAUUACAGGGGCCAAUCAGAGACAGACGUUAAAGGUCAAACUGGAGAAAACAGCCAAUCAGAGAUUAACGAGGCACAAAAGCAGGAAAUCAGCCAGCUGGAGCAUGAAGAGAAGGAGACAGAUGAUGAACUGCCCUCCGAGUCCAGCGACCUCCAGGCCCUGUCUGAAGCAGAGGAGUCAGCUCAGGGAGCUCAGGAGGAGCUGGAGAAGGAGAACCCAACUCAGAAAGAAACUGUUGUCAAACUCACACAGCUCCAGGAGGAGCACCAGAAGGCUCUGCUCCGUCGUGACUUCCAGCUGCAGAGUUUGGGUCUCCAGGCUCGGCUGCAGCAGAAGUUAUGGAGCCAGGAGAGGACUCUUCUGGUCCAGGAGUCUCAGCACCUCAAACAGGCCCUCCUACUUCUCAGCCUCAAACUACGCUGCUUCCUCAAACAGUGGCGGCUGGGCUGCAAGAAGGACGCAGAAUGGAAAGACAUCUUGGAGAUGAACAGCCUGAAGGAUCUCUACCUGCUGUUGGAGGAGGACAACCUCACAAGCCCCGCCCACCAGACUGACAAACGAUCUGCUGCUGACGAACAGCCUCUCAGCCCAACUAUCAAGUCGAGUGCCGUGAGCAGUACUUUGGCAGACCUGAGGGUGGCGCUGCAGGAUCUGAGUGGUGAGCUGCGACAGGAGAUGCAAGGCUCCCAGGAACUCACCCAGCAGUUUGCAAAGGCCAAGGCAUCAUGGGAAGUGGAGAGGACAGAACUGCAGAGCCUCAUCACACAGCUUGAGACCAAAGCAGGUAAAGCCGCCGUCUUGACCUGCACCGAUUCAAUGGAUCCUCCAGACCUGAAGGUGGCACUGAAGAGGGAGCGUGAAGAACACCAGCACCUGCUGGCUGAGUCCUAUGCAGCUGUGAUGGAUCUAACUAAACAGCUUCAGAUCGGAGACAGGAACUGGGGCAGAGAGAAGCUGGAGCUGCUGGAGCGGUUCAGUCAGGAGAGAGCUCAGUGGGAGCAGAGACUGAGAGAGGCCACUGCUCAGCAGGGGAAGUCAAAGCCAUCAGGUGGUGACUCCUCUGCAGACCUGCUCGUCGCUAACGGAACAGGAUCGCCAAGGACUAAAUCCACAUCUGAGCUGGACGGACCAGAGGUCAACGGAGCAGCCAACAGAGAAGAGAAAACCCAGUUUAUUGUCCCCCAUCUUUUGAUUGGGCCAGAGCUAGUUGACCUUCCCAGGAAGAACUGGACCUACUUGACCAAUGAGACUCCAGAAGUCGGGGACACCUGUAAAACCUGGGAUGGUCCCAGCGGCUCCUGCAGCAGUCUGGUGGGAUCAGAGCUGGAUCUGGAGUGCGUCCAGAGGAGCUACACUGCUCCAGACCGCACCGGCAUCCGGAUCUACUACAGCCCUCCUGCCGUGCGACGCAUAGAGCAGCGGAGAAAUAACCAGGAGCUUCAGCGAGUGCCGAAUGGGAGCUCGAGUGGCUGGGAUGGGGGCGUGCCUGCUGGGGAAACCCUUGAGGCUCAGCAACAACAGCCUUCAUCCUCCUCCUUCUCAUCCUCGUACGAGCAGUGGCUGAGCUCGCUGUCCAAGCAGCACAGGGAGCUGCUGGAGAGCAGGAGCGGCUGCGUCACCGGGUCCAUCCCCAGCGUCAUCAACAACGGCAUCGGCAGCUCUGGUCACAGUGUGGUCGAUGGGAUCACGUCCUCUUCAGCUUUCCAUGGCCUGGAAAUUGGGGAGAUUUCUGCCAAUUUGAGUGAUGACAUGAAGGAGAUGACCAACUGUGUCCGCCAGGCCAUACGCUCCACGUCUCUGGAGAGGAAAUCCAGCAAGGAACCCGGAAGUCAGACGGCCGGCAUUUCCAGCAGGUCCACGCAGACCUCUGCCCAGUACGUCAGUAUCGGGCUUCAAACCGACAUCCUUCCGAGCAGCAGAGGGGCGAGCUUCCACACCAAAGCCUGGUCUCCUCGGCCCUCGUCAACGGCCACAUCCUCGUUGGUGUCAGCCAGAACCCGGCAGAUAUCAACAUCACUAGAUAAAGUUCACAGCCGCAUCGAUAGGCCGUGCUGUUCGCCCAAGUAUGGAUCACCCAAACUACAACGCAGAGUCUCCUCUGGCUCCACGUCCAGGCUGGAAAUGACUUCCUCCAGGGACCGCAGCCUGUGGAGCCUCCAGCAGAGACCCAUGAGUGGAGGUGGAGGUGGAGGCGGAGGCGGAGGCUCAGCCUGGGCUCGCUCCACCACCACCAGGGACAGCCCCGUCCUCAACGGCCUCACCGAUGGCCUCUCCAGCCUCUUCAGCGUGGUGGAACACUCUGGAAGCACAGAGUCGCUGUGGAGGGGUGACGGAGGUACCAGCCAGUGUGCCAGUCCAGCACGACCACCUUCUGCCGCAGGAAAACCCUCUGCAGUGGUGGCCUGUGGAUCUGAACCCAGCACUCAGCGGUACAGUGGCCUGGUCCAGGAGUUCUUCAAGAGUGUCUGCAGCAGCCAUGACCAGGGAGGAGUCAUCCUGCCUGUGGAGAGAGCGCAAAAAGAAUCCCUGGGCGGUCUCAGAGGUCUGAGUGUCCCGGGGGGUUUUGUCCCCAUCGAUGAGCCCAAGCCAGAGUGCAUGUCAGCUGUGGUCGGAGGUCUCGCUAACGACAGUGUCACCAGGAUUGUUAAUAAGAGGUUUAUGAGACAACCGGUCGGGGAAGAGAUGGUCAAUAUCUUGGGAGGAGGGAAGGAAACAUUGAGCAACGCCGGAGUUGCAGGAGUAGGGCCGGAGGAUGCACCCUGUGACUGCGCCUCCCAGUCAUCCUGCCUUGCCCGACCAUCCAGAACAGCAGCUCGCCAUUCACUAGGGCAGUGCAAGCACCGCCCACUAGAGUCUCCGGCGGUAACGGAGGAGAAGAAGGAGGCCUGCAGCGAGUGACGCCACUUCUACUGCCACAUGCAAAGACACGCAACACACAGGAAGACACACAACCACAAGCACACGCACACACACACACACACACACACACACACACACACACACACACACACACACACACACACACACACAAAGCAAUACUGAUUCUUCACAAACACUGAACACCACUGCCAUAAAAACACAACCUUCACCAAAUGUACAUACACACCUACAACCUGCCACACAGGCGCACUGCCAGACACAACAUACACAGCCUGCACAGACUGCCCCACAAACACACUGCCACACACACACACACACACACACACACACACACACGUACACAAACCUAGGUAACAUUGGAGUAGGAUAACAAGGACUGAAUCCAACAGUUCAGAACAACACAAAAAUACCAGCAAGACACAAAACUAGACACACUCAUCAUCUUACACACUUAAUUCAACAAAAUCUACUCUCAACUGAUGAGAGUCUAACAAGUUAAACUAUGAUGUCAGGACUGGACCUACACUCACCACCACCCCUCCACAAUGAUGACGCCAUGUUAGAGCAGAAAGAUAGGAUGCGGUCCCAGUGUGUUGCUAUGGGAACUAUAAAACAGAAGAGGAGACAUUUAUCAAAGCUGAAAAAAACAUUUUAUGUCCCGUUAGCAACUCUGCAACCUCGUCACAUACACGCCUGCCGUGCUCGGGAAACGCAGUUGUACCACUUAGAUUGUUUAGCACAAUAAUAUCCCUGCGAGUGUCUUCUACGACGGGUCCUGAUGAUACAUCUGAUUCAGUUUGCAGAGCAGCGUCUCUUGUCAGCUCGCAAAAAGGAGAACCUCUGCAGCGCUGUCGGACUUAGUAUCCCAGCAUGACCACAGUUGGACUCCAUCGAUGGAUGUUCGGACGUGUCAGCUUGACAAAUGAGACCAUGAAACUCAUCUCGGACUGGACCUCCUACUAUUGUUGUUAAGUAGCAACAACAAAAAAUCCCUCCUGGCUCGUUUAGUUGCAACACUCCACUAAGUUCCCAAAAGGACGUCGGCAACAAAUACAGGGACACUUUGUGGCAUUGUAGCCACGUCUUAAACCUUGUUUUACCCUCCAGAGUCUGUAUGUGCAGCAGGUGGAAAAAGUGCCUGUCUGUGUCAUAUUUUUUAGAUAUUUCUCCACUGAUGUCAAGGGUCCCCCACCAUCUGAUAAAGACAUGUGGUGUACAGUCCUGCAGCACUGGUUGGGGACCAUUCCUCAUCGAUUUGCAAUGACCUCAAAGCCAAUCUGCAUAUUUGUCCCUCUUCUUGUACCAGUUUUUCUACAUGCUAGCAAAACCCAGACCAACACAGCAAAUGUACUCCAUUCAUCUCUAUUCUGUAGAAAAAGUUGAGAAAAUCAUGUCUUCACUGAAUCAUGACAUUGUGACUUUUGGAAUCUGUUUCACAUAGUGAUGAAGAAAUAAUGAUACUGACCUGCUUUAUCAAUACAUCUCUAUCCUCUGUGCUUUAUAGGAUCAGAUGUGAACAAUAGGAAACAAACACAGAUUCUCAGUGUGUUCAAACUUCAUCAAGCAGAAAGGAGAUAUUAGUCAAUGCAUUCCUUUUUAUUACAGAAAACAUUCACAUUUCCUCAGUUCUGUAUGUUGUAUUUGCCCGUUCAGUUCUCAGCUUCCUCUUGUACCACUACAUCAUUCCUAAGUCUUUUACUUCCUCCUUUCUCUCUUCUCUGGAAUACAACUGUCAUUGUUUUUUCGUGCUACACAGUUGGUGGAGCUCCAGUAUGAUAAUGUAGAGCUGUAACAACAUGAAAAGAUGCUUCGAGCUCUGAAUGUCCCACUGCAUUCACACGGAGGACUGACAGUUUAUAAGUAAUCAUUUUACUAAAUUCUUAAUUUCCUUUUUGAUCUUUUCAAACUUUAGUCAAACACGUUGUUUAACUAAAUUAAACCUGUGUCUCCAUAAGUCAGUAGGAUGUCUGCACACUUAUUGUUUGUGUACAAAAACUACAAAUACUGUAAACUAAGAGCAUUUUUAUAACAGUUUUUUUUCUCCCAUCUGUUUGUUUGCGAUAUCAUUCUCUUUCUAAUCAACCUACCAAUAAUCAAAGUGCCUGUCAGACUGCCUGUUAGUCAGCUCACACCAAAACUGGACUCCAUAUGAAAAAGAAACCCAGCAGGCCUUUUUUUCUUUAAAUGGGUAAGAUUGUUUUUAUGAACAUAACUGCGCACAUAACUGUGUACUGAAGCUACAGUAAGGUACUGUACCACAGUGGAGGAAGGACAAAAUGGUUUACAGGUAUAGAAGGGUAUAUGAGGUUUUUUGUUUUAUACCAAGGAUUAUUGUAUUUCUGGAAGCUAAAUUAUUUUUGUUUAUUUUAGUUUUUUUAUAUGGAUGUUUUUACAGAUUACUAGCCUGUUGUUUCUAUUGAGUUCUCAUGGUGCUACUUAGUGUAAAGUCUGCUGUGGGACGCUGCCUUCAACAAGGCAUCCACCAAUCGAUCCUUUCGUCUAUUUCAAUGUGUCUCCUCCACAGCUUGUGCCGGAGCAGCCAUCGGGUGUCUCUGUCUCUGCGCACAGUUUGAUGACUCAGCAAUUUGAAAUAGGGCAUUACCGUAACAGUGCAUGUAUCUAAAAUAACACAGUGAGGAAAAGCCACAGUCUAAACGCUGCUGUCUGUCUCCAGUCCAGCCCUCACUGCUGGUACAAAACCAACGAUAUGAAACCAGUCUGUGCUUCAGAAGCUACUGGCCCGAUUGCCACAGGAAUAGUUUUGUCUCAUUCCCGACCACAUUUAUACAAAAGGUAGUUUUUAGCCAAGAAACCUGAGACCACAGGAAUAAUGUAACCUCGUUCAAAUAUUUUCGACAGUCCCAAAAAAAGCACAGCUAAUACAGUUGCGUCCAAAUCCACUGCUCUACUUUCCAUGAUAGUUCCAUCUGUCAACGCUUUGUCGUUGUGUCACACAAUUAAAAACCACAUCUGUUGAUGUUAAAUACAUAACAUGUAUUUAACAUCAACAAUAGAAAUUGCGGAAAUGCUGAAAAUAGAUAAAUUCUGGUGAUUUCUAGUCUCGAGUUUCAUCUUAAAUACAGCUCAUUUAAUCUGAAGAAUAUAUAAGAUCGCUAACAAGCUAGCUGCUUCCCUCAGCUGGGCAGCUACAGCGACUUGCACGUCAGAACGGGUGUUUUCUCUACUUGAAAAAAAUGUAACAAGGAUUUUCCAUCAGGAUCAAUGUUCUUUUAAAUAUGCAACUACCACCCGUAGUUUUAGAAAAGAUUUUGUUGCUCGUUAGCAAAGACAUUUUUGAAUGUCCAUAAAAACUUCUCAAACCAAUCCUGCAGUAUAAUCCACUACUUUGCUGCCCCCUCUUGUUGCUAAACCUGGUUCAACAAAAAUCAUUUUCUAAUUAUGGCAAAAUAUUCGGCCUCUGGUUGACGCUGCCCUGGUUAGUAGUUAGCAUUUGUUUCACACAGCUACAUUUGGAAGCAUAUUUAAGCAUAAGGACAAAAGGUUUACAGUGAAGUUCUGAAUCCGGAGGUCUGGCACAAUGUAUCAAACCGUAUAGUUCAUCCAUGACCACAGCAGCUCAACAUCCAGUGUAACGAUUUUCAUUUGAAAAUAUCAGCACAAUGAAAAGCUGCAAAAUUAGCCAAAUAGAAACCCAAGCCAAGAAGUUUGCCGCUAUUGAAAAAUACGAGCCACUAAUGCUAUUUUAUGUUCACGCACAAAUUACAGUACAUGCUGCACGUUACCAAGACACGGAGAACUCAGAAGCUCACCAACAUGUUAUUAUCUAUGCCCAAAAUAGUUAAGACGCAUUAUUUGAAACUUUGUAAGGGAGAAAUGAAGAAACUCCUAAAAUAGUUUUCCCUUCAAUGGGGCCCUUUAGCUGCUGCCCGACAUCUUUGCCGAAAAAAUUCUAAAAGGAUCCUGAGAUGUUUACACACAGUUCAGUUGACUCCAGUCUGGCUCAGGUUCAGUCUGCAGUGACCACAGUCCACUGAUGACUCAGCCGUCCCACAGUCUCUGCCACCACACACCGGAAUCAAUCAUCUGAAACCACAAAGGAACCUUUAUCAUACCCUAAUAUUAGGUUUGGCAACACUUCUGCUAUUUGGAUAUACUGCAAAUUCUACAAAAUAAUACUGCUAAAUAUACUACAGAAUCUGUCAUGAUAAAACCAACAAGCUUGGGCUCAAAAUCGCUCCUUUUAUUUUUGAAAUCUGAACAUGAUGUCAAUAAUAGGUCUGAUGAGUUUAUAAUAGGAUUUUAAAAUCAAACCUUCGCCACGCCUGGAAAAGAAAAGCACAAACCUGAAACUAAUCAUACUUUUCAAACUUUUUACGUGCAGACACUUUGGCAUCCUUCACUCUAAAUAAAUAAAAUAGUGUGAUUUUGAUAUUUUAAUAGUCCACAGUUUGAGGACAAAAAACAUUUGAUAUUUUAUAUGUAAUGAUUUAAUGUAAAGCUUUCUAAGUUUCCGAUGAUCCCACCUCACUGACCUAGAUGAAGUUAACCAGAUUCUGUUCUACCUCGUCCACUUAUGAAUAUACUCUGAGAUGCGUCAUUGAACAACACAGACUCAUGUAUAUUGUAAAUAUGAUGAAUCACCUGAACACAUCUGUCGCCUGUAUAUACCAGAGCUUCAGUCGUAUUGUCAUUUCGUCCUGUCAAUUCGAAGGUCACUUUAGUGCCUUGACUCUUCUGUAUGACACAAUGCCAACCAGGUUCACUAAAACAAGAUUGUCUUCAUUUGUGGUCUUGCAGUAGGUGCAGACUGAUUUGUGUUUACAUUACUAUUAUAACUACUCAUUGUGACAGAUAAUCUGUGUUGCAAGUCACAAUGGGAUCUCAAAAGUACAGUUUGCCUAAGAGACUAGUUUUGCUUCACAUCUGUGUGACCAGACCUCCAAAUAGGUGCAAAUUUUACCAAUGUCGCAUUUUGACUUAAUGUUUUUUUAAUAUUGAGUCAAGCAUCAUCUUAUGUUGUUAUGAUGUGAAUAUAAAGAUAUGAAACGAAAGACGAUUCCAGCACAUGUCAGGUUGUGGGGAAAAAAAACUGCCACUGUCUUAUAUGGAGGACACAAACAAAAUACAGAAUGAAGUUCCAUGUUUUUAACUGAUUUGAACAUAAACACAUUGGGAUUCAUGACUUUAAACAGUUAUAAUGUUUUUUUUAAUCUUUUCCACACUGUUUGAUUUUUACUGUAUCUCAGAUCUACUGCGACCUGGACACAUUUUCUAUGAGAAUCUAAAAUGGCGCAGUCAGCAUACGACUCUUUCCGUCUCUGUUGUCGUUGGUCAGUCGUGUCUCCGCCUUUCCGGCUUUUCCACCUGCCCGCCAGGUGUCACAUUUGCUCCUCCCCCUCAGAUAUAGAGUCACUGCAGCCGACAGAUGAGCAUGUCACUCAGCAUCACCAGCCAAUGACAGAUGAGCUCUUACAGGUCGCAACCACGAGUCUCUUUAUUCCCCUUGUGUCUGUGACAUGAACCUCUCCAGCCUUUUUAACAUGUUUCCAUUACCGUUCAUAUGAUUGUUACAUUCUGGCAGUAUGUACAUGAAUUCCUUACUGUUCAUAAUGUUAUAGCUAAACUAUUACCUAGAGACAGCCUGUAUAUUCGCUUUAUAUAACGUACUCUUGUCCUUUUUUUAAAAAUGCUUGACUCUUUAGUAAAAGGAGAAUGCAAUGAAAGCUAUUCAAUAAAACGAGUACACAGUAAGGAAAUGUGUCCCCCCCUUGCAUCACCACUUGAAAAGAGAGGAAAGGCUUGUACCCUCUCUGUCCUUUUUGUUUCGUUGAGAAAAAGCUGAAUAUCAACAGCAGGUCGCUGUGGAAGUAUGUAGCUCUCUAGUUUUACACACCACCUCCUCUGUACAUAGGUGCAUUUAGAAACGGAGGAACCAUGGCAGGAAAUGUUGAAGACGUUCAAUGAGAACAUUUGAUCCAAGUGGAUUUUUAAACGGGUUGGGGGGAUUUUUUUCUUUUUUGCAACCAAUGUAGCUUGCAAAACACAAUAUUAUAAAUGCCUCCUGUUUGUCAUAGAAUUCACAAAUAAAUGUUUGUUGGAAUUUAA